GGGGUCUUGUUAUUAUUUCUUACCCUUUCCUCUUCUAUACAUCUUCUUUAUGUCCGACCCACUGGCCAACGGGAUCUUUUUCCACGAUCCGGUGCGCCUAUGUAGAUGACCAACAUGUCCGUUUGGUUGCGCAACCACCAUGAGAUAAUGCCAUGUGUGCUUGCUGCGGGCCUGCGACCCAGGCCAUGGUGGGUGGGACUUCGGAUCGGGCAUGCCAUGCCAUGCCACCCACCACCCAUCACCCUCACCACCACCACCAACCCACUCCACAAAGUGAAUGUUUUUUCCCAUACUGCAGAAAAGCACAGAACCAACCAGCCCAUAGACACAGUACUCCGUACAUACAGUGCCGGUACAAUUGCUGCAGUAUGCUCCGUACAUAACGCAGGCGAAACCUCAUGUGUCCGACCUCCGGGCUCUGGGCAUCCUCUGGUCCAACAAACGACAGCCUGCUCCGUUCGCUCUCGGCGGCAUUGCCACUUGCAGCGGCAAAAGCAUGCUCCGGCGUGUCCCCCUACCCUUCUUGAGCCAUCCGACCUCUCUUUUUUUUUUUCAAAGAUUGACGGUAAUAAUCAAUAUGCUAUGGAGCCGACGACUGGAUGGGGGAUCCAACAAGGAGAAGAACGGACGGACUUUCUCUGGCUGGCGAUGUACAUACGUACAUACAUGCUCCGUACAGUAGUUACAUACACAGUACAUGCCAGUACAGUACCUGGCGUCGUUCGGCUGAAGAAGGACAUCGGUCUGCGUCUGCUAGCAAUAUGUAUGUAUGUACUGUUGUCUGCACCUGCUGGGGGGUGGGGAUACCUUGCUCUUGCAGAUCAGAAGGCACCGGCCCGUCUUCCACUUCCGCGCAGCCAAUCGCUCAGGAUGCAACCUGGUCGGGAUGCUUGUUCGUUUGGCUUGUGCGUGGGAAGGAGAAGAAAAAAGAAAGUUGCAUUGUGGGUUGUGCAGAUGGGUGCUGCCAACCCGCAAUGUAUCUUUCUUGCAUCAGGGUGCUAGCUGCACGGCAUGGUUGUUUUUUUCUCUGCCUUUUCUGCCUUCUGUCUACAUCUUUGGAAUUUUUUUCUUUUCUGAUAUGCAAUGAUGUCGUGAUUGAGCAGGAAUAACUCUGCCGCUCCGAGUUCUUCUGUCCUUU